CAUCGGGGGAGGUUCAUGCAGAUAACAAUGAAUAUUUCUGACUUUAUGUCAAGUGCAACUAAAUUUCAUUAUGCGGUUCCAAGAAUAAAAUACUAACUGUUGAAAUAAUAGUGAGUGCAAUAUCAAAAAUGAAAACGCUUUAGUUUUUCAACAACAAGAAUCAAUAAAUGACCAUUUAAUUAGAUGAUUAAAACGUUAUAUCGUUUAAGUUACUUGUUUAAUUGAGUUAGUUGAAUAAUUGCCAUCAGUCAAAAUGAACUGGAAACUACAGAUAUUUGUUUUCCUUUUUCUAAAUGUUGUUACAAUUUGUUUGUCAAAAUUAAUUGUGAAAACUGAAUGGGGUUCAAUCAGAGGAUUUUAUGAAAAGUUUGGUGACAAGCAGAUUCGGUCUUUUCUUGGUAUUCCUUAUGCUCUUCCACCAGUGGGUCCAUUAAGGUUUCGGAAGCCAAUUGAAUUAGUUAAACCUUUUAAGGGCAUUUACAGAGCCAAAAAUUUUGGUCCUGCUUGCCUCCAAUCCGAAGCUGAUCGGGAUAGACAUACUCCCAACUCAACAAUCAGUGAAAAUUGUUUGUUUCUCAAUGUUUGGACACCAAUCGAUGCUUCCGAGAAAAAGUUGUAUCCUGUUAUUAUUUAUAUCCAUGGAGCUGCAUUUACUUUUGGUUCGGCAGAAUCUACUAGUCAAAGAGGCGACAUUUUAACAGCACUCAACGACAUUAUAACAGUCAAUCUCAACCAUCGAUUGGGUGCUUCUGGACUAGCUUAUGGGAAAUCAGAUUCAAUUGUUGGCAACCAGCAAGUUCACGAUGUGAUUAUGGCACUAGAGUGGGUCAAGAGGAAUAUUGGUGCUUUCGGUGGAGACUCUAACCAAAUAACAUUAUCCGGAAUGAGUUCAGGAGCUAUUUUAGCCUCUGCCAUCUUUUUAUCUCCUGCGGUCAAAUCUGGACUUUUUAAUAAAGUUUUCUUAAUGAGUGGAGUCGCACUAGAUCAAGUAGCUAUUUAUAACCCAAACAAAAUUUUUAAGCAAACCAAAUCCAUGUCCAGUUCACUCGGCUGUUCACAAUAUGCAAGUUCAAAUGACUCCUUUCAAAUUGGCGAAGUUAUUUGCCUGAAAAAAGUUGAAUCAAAAGCAAUAGCUGACACAGAAGAGAAUAGAUCUUUUUACCCAAUCUACAACGAUGGUGACAUUUUCCCUGAAUCACCUGCUCGAGUUGUGAGCAAAAAAUCAUUUCCUAAAGGCAUCAAAUUUUUAAUGGGAACUGAAGCUGAUGAAAGUUUUUUCUCUAAAGCCUUUAGUCCAACAACUAAAAAAGAGGCUUUGAGUAAUAUGGAAACGCUCAUUUCAGCUCUUGAAAUUACACAACUAAACAUGACCAAUUUGUUAAUGAAGUAUUUUGAUGGUAUUGACGAUAAUAAUGCUACUUUGAUUCAUAAACGUUUCGAUGAUUUCGGGUCUGAUCUUCAAUUCCACUGUCCUUCGUUAUUGUAUUCUGUAGCCUUCGCCAGUAAUUCACAAAACAACGUCUACAUAUAUCGAAAUGAUUAUGUUACUUCUAACUUUGAUCCAUCUGAGCGUCCUAAUGGUGCCCGCCAUUCUGAUGUGCAACGCAUGUUUUUUGGUGAUCCUUUUAGAUCACCAGAAAUUUAUAAAGAAGAUCGAGAUAGAGAUUUGAGUCGUUUCAUGAUGAAAACAUUAUCUGAUUUUGUUAGAGGAAAGGAAUUAUUUUGGGAUUCAAUUAAAAUUAAUGGAAAUCAAUCGGAUAAGAUCUCGCUUCCACGAUGGCGUAUACAAAACAACGAAUCAUUCGAUAAAGUUGAUUAUGAUGACGAUAAAGAUAUAUGCUUGGAAUGGGCUGAAUAUUAUGGUUUACAGAUUUGAUAACUUAAGCUCGAAAAGCAUAGGAGAGCAUCAAGCGAUUUCCAGUUGCAAGUUUAAAGAUCGUUCAAUACUCAUAAUUUAUUUUUGUAACCUUUUUUAUAUAUGUAAUAACAGACAUUAAACUCUACUCAUGUACAUCUAUUAAA